CAAUUUUCAUUCAACAGGAUUACGUUUUUUAAAAUCAUUUACAACCUUCUACAAAAUUCAGCCGACGACGAUAUACUCAUGGAGUGGAAAAGGAAUAUUAUUCAGAUUUCUUUUAACGGAAUAGAUGAGAGUGAUCACACAUUAUCGUCACAUAUGUGGAAAUGCAUUUUGCUCAUACAAUCAAAAUAUGAGGAUUGGUACAAAUACUUGGACUUUAAAUCUGAUAUUCAACCCAAGGUUUCAUGCCUGCUUCAAAACAAUUUUUUUAACAACUACGAAACAAUAUGUCCGAAUUUACUGUCGUUUAACAACGCGGUGGUUUGCGCUUAUUUUCAAGAAUAUGACUGGCAUAUAUAUUUUGAACAGUAUCUAAUGGAUUUAAAAAACGUUUUUUGUUCGGAAGCAUUCCGUGACAAUGAAACACAUUAUAACGCUAUUUUCGCUGCUUAUUUCAGCUGUUGGGAGUUUAUUCUAAAUAAACUAAACAAUGCAGGCAGAGAUCCAGAACACAAGCAAAAAUAUAUAUAUAAAAUGUUGCUUACAAAUGUUAUAGAUUCCGUUGAAUGUUUACUAAUAUCUAAUAAAAAUAUAGCAAUUAAACGAUUUGCUUCGAUGACUGUUAAUAUGAUAACGAAUUGGAAAACACAAUGUGAGAGUGGAGACAAUAGCUUGUUUUAUUUAAAUCUAUUGAACGAGUUUUGGAGUUUGAUAUUCCAUUUAAUAAACGAGUUAAUUCAUAUAAAUGAUCAUUACCCAGAUGGAAUUAUUGAAUUGGUUCAAAGUCUCGUGCAAAGAAAUGAAGAGCAUGUAAGCGAAAAGCUUCCCACCUGCUUAACUUCACAACAACAUAACUGUGUUACGGGAAGUGCAAACGAAGAUCGGCUGAGAAAGAUCGCUUUGGAGAUGCUUCAACACUGUUUAAGAAAAAUUAGAAAACAGCACAAGAAAUGUUUAAAACAUGUUAAGUUAAUAAUUGACAUGUUUCCUGAUAUCGAAUUUUAUAAAAGUAUUACAAGCGACUGCGAUGUUAGUAAAUCGAUAAAUAUUUUUGUUAAUUUAAUAUCUGUUGUGGAUAAAGAGUUUGACACGGAUGUUGCCGAAAUUAUCUUCAAGUUGUUACCUUUCCUUGAUGCCGAUGAACAGUUUAUCUUCAUAAAGACUCACAUCUUUUCCAUCCGUUCCAGAGAACUUCAAAUUUUAAUUCUAGAGAGUCUAUUCUUUAACCGUUUAAAAAUUGGAAAACGCAGAGAAAUAAUAUUAUGUGAGCCUGAGGUUAGAUCCUUAAUAAUAAAUUGCACCAUAAAUUACUUAGCAGAAUACUCGGAAAGUACAAAAGAUUGGACGCAAAUGCUUUUUCUUCAAAAUGAUUAUGAUGAGUUCUUGAUCGGUGCAGGUACAGUAGAUGACGUGCUAAAUAUAAUAUUUGAGCCUCUUGAAAAAGAAGAAAAUGAUGACCUUAGCGAGUUAUGUGGAAAUUUGCUUAGUCAAGUAAUGCCUAUAGUAUUUACCAGAGGAAACGCAUCAAUUGAAACAAAAUCCAAAAUGUUUUUAAAACUAUUCAAUUUUUUAAUUGAACACUCAGCGGAAAAAUUUUCAACGGAAAGCAUCCUUUAUAAAUUAACUUCUUGUUGGGAAAAUGCAUUAUCUAAUGAAAUCAUCGUGAAUGAAGAGACAGUCACUAACUGUAUAGAAUCUGUUACAAAUAAAGGGUUUGUAGCGAAACUCAUGUUAAAAAAUACAUUAAAAGUUGCAGAUUUAAUAACUCGACUUAUUAUGGGCGUUGUUAAAGACAGUUCGGCUAAUGAAGAAUGCAUUAAAAAACAAAAUAAGCUAAUCAAUUUGUUUUUUAGCUCUAAUGACAACUCUGAGCUACAAAGCCAAUUUAGAGAUUACUGCCUGUCUUUAGAAAUUCUACAUGGAUAUGUGUCUACACAAGAGAAGAUAUGCUAUAACAAUAUGGAUUGUCGUGACCUAUACCUUAUCUUACAGCGGUCACUUCUAAAUGUAUAUAUAGUUCAACAGUUCUACGAAAGGCUAGAUGUAAUGAAGGACAAGUUUUCUUGCAAUCAACUAAGGGCAUUGGAUAUUAAUUUGCGCCAAGAGUUAAUGAAUUGCAUUGUUUUGGCAAAUGCUGGAGAAAGCAUUCUUAAAAUGAAUCCAGAGAGGGACACCUUUCUCAAGAUGUGGGUUCAAGAACUUAGCGCUCAAAUUAGUUCUCUGAUGUAUAAAAAGUCUAAUCUGGCGGAAAUGUUACAGGAAAUGCUUCUCCAAAAUACAACAAAGCCACAUUACAUAUCGUAUUGCCGCUCGCUAUCCUUUUUCGUUUUUAGUCACCAAUACCUGGAGUUUGGAGAAAACGCAGCAAUUAUUCUUACAGAGGAAUUGUUCGCCUACUUUUUGAGUAGAGAUGUUCUAACACCUUACAUUAAUUUCUUGCAGUUUCAGUUACCUCAGCUGGGUUACAGAAGUAUAUCCGUACAAAAUAUUUCUGUCUGUGCGAAGUCAACCAACGUUUGGAUAAAAUCUGCGUCACUGUGCUGCUUCGUAGCAAAUUUUUUUAAAUCCAACGUAAUGGAAAUCGGCGAUAGAAAUGUAGCUACGCAAAUAUUGGGAUUUAUUCGAGAAAUGAGCGAAAAAUUAUAUACGGAUAAAAAAGCUAUAUGUGAUGUCGCAAUGGAUGACCACGGAUCUGUAAUUGAAUUGGUUGAAUACAUCCGACUGCUAACUGAAGUUAUAAGAAAUAUGCCGUGGUGUUUAAAGUACAAAGACUGGGAUAUUGUUAUUAUUGGAUUGAGUUCAUGGGUACCUAGGGUACUUAAUUCAAUUGAGAAGUUCGCGGACUUGAAGGUUGCUUUAUUCACUAUAAACGUUUGUAGGCUAUUUGCCACUUUCGUGCAACUUAUUAGAACCGAAAAAAAAUGCAGUUCUACUCUAUUAAUACAAAAAACUAUUGAUGAAUGGGAAUACUUAUUUGAAAAGGAUGUAUCUUGCGGUAUAUUUAAUACGUUCUACAGACUUCUACAAACACAAGAAUCGUCAUCAGAUGAGUAUUUUUCUAUGAUUUUCAAGGAAUUAGAGAAUUCAUUACUACUUUUAGAUUUUAAUACCGUAUAUAGUCUCUGUAAGAAUUCAGAUAUCCUAAACCUGGAGGACGUCUUCAACUUUCUGUUGGGAAAUAUAUUUAACUCUAAUGUUGCUGUUCAGCGAACGUGCUUUUAUAUUUUAAGAGAAUUAACAAUAUUUUUUGUUGCUGAUGAUUCUAAAUAUUACGACGCAAUUAACAGCAAGCUGCAUCUUGAUGAGGGAAAACAACAUUACUUACAACGUUUUGCAGCUCAUCUAGCGUCUCAGGAUAUUUUCGUUGAAAAGCAUAUAACGGAGUUCAGUUUUAAAAUAUCCGAAAUCGACGAGUUUGUUGAGGUCGACAAUCAAAAGGCCUUCAGCUAUAUGUAUAUUUGGGACUGCGUAAUAUAUGCGUGUGUCACAUCGCCUCUUUUUGUACGGACAAUUUAUACUUCGUGGCUGUUUGAACAUAAGUUUAUAGAGAAAUUCUUACAUUUUCUUAUACGCGCGAUGCCGACAGAAAUUUUAAAAAAUUACGACAGAAAAUUUUUAACAUGUGAAAUUUUCAACAGCCUCUCACUGGCUCAAAUUAACGAUGACAACUUAACUCUUGGAAGGUAUGCUUGCCAUUUAUAUACAGAAGUUUUGAAAAAACUACCUGCAGUUGUUCGUAAGUGGUGGAAUAUUUUACCAUCUCGAAAAAAAUCGUUCUUGGAUAAACUUACAACCAACUUUGUUUCACCUUUAAUUUGCGAUGAAGAGUUAAAAUCUAUUUAUACGAAUAAGGAAAAGCAUGAAAAUAUGCAAGUCACAGUACAUUUGUCAACAAGGGAAGUAUUAGCAGUAUAUUUUGUAGAUGACGUUCGAACGGAGCUUACAAUUACGCUGUCAUCAAACUAUCCUUUGGGGCCCGUUAAAGUUGAUUGUGGAAAAAAUAUAGGGGGUCGCCUGUCUUCGCGUAAUAUAAUCAUGCAAUUGGCUUUAUUUUUAACUCACCAGAAUGGAACAAUACUUGAUGGGUUAGCGCUAUGGAAAUAUAACAUGGAUAAAAAGUUUGAAGGUGUGGAAGAAUGUUACGUGUGCUACACUGUAAUACACCAAGAUACCUGUCAGCUGCCGAAACUCACUUGCAAAACGUGUAAAAAGAAGUUUCAUGGAUCUUGUCUAUACAAGUGGUUCACAACUAGCAGUAAAUCAACAUGUCCGAUAUGCCGAAACGUAUUUUAAAUAAAGUUUAAACGAAAUUUCGAUAUGUCUAAAAAAACAUUGGAUUCUAAUUUAAAAAACACGAUUUUAUAUAUAAGAAAUACAGUACCCAAUGUUUUGAUUACUUGUUUUGAAAUAUAGAUAACAACACUACGCGUUCAGUUUCAGGAGCGUGAGUAAAAUAUAAUCAACGUUUAUUGUUUUUGAUCAUAGAAAUUUAAUUGUAACUUUUCCAAAUAUAUGUAUAUAAGUUCAACGCUUA